AUGCUUGGCGACGUCGUGCUGGGCGCAGCGAUGCAGCUGCCGCUGCUGAUCGUGGCGCUGGUGCCACCGCCGCUCCGGGAGCCGAGUCGGCACGCCAGAGCGGGGCAGCCGGGUCGGCAGCCGGGGCCCGGAUCGCGGCUACCGCAGCCGGUCGGGGCGAGCUUUCACGACGAGGCUGCGCAGCGUUUGGUGGCACACACAAAUGACGACCCUCCGUCGCCGCGCGAUGCGGGCCCGCCGGAUAGGUUGUUCACGCCGCCCUCGACCGACGAGAGGCCGCUGAUGAAUCAUUCGGCCAGUAAGGGGCGCAGCCGCAGAAAGAGGUGAGAACGCCGCUUGCCUUCACAUGGGAACACGAAUGUGAAGCCGUUGGGUCGCGCGCCAUGCGCGGUGUGUCGAACAGACACACCCCUGAGGUGUGUUUCAUCGUUGCGCAAGGAUCAAGGCUCUCUUUUUGGAUUUUGCGUUCCAUUCGCCACAUUUUGGCAUAGAUGC